UCUGUAUCCCAGCAUACACCAGUGACGUCAGCGAUGUGAUGUACAAUCAAGAGCUAGGUGACUCAGGCGGACUUUCCUCCGCAUAAUUAAGAAGUUCCUUCCCUGUUGCGCCACGACUGUCAGACUGACAAAAUAGUUGCAACUGGGGCAACCAUCAGACUGUCACAUCCAGCCAGGCUCUUCAGACUCUUUACUUUAUUCCACUGAUAAAAAUCUGGUGUCUGGAGUAGUACAGUAUGACUGAGCAGCCAGCCAGCGGGGAGAAGCCUGCCAUGCACAUCUCCCGCGACCCCGUCAGAAGCUCGAGUGAUGAAAGCUAUGCAGAUGAAGAAUCUCCGCUUCAUUUAAACGACUCGCAGCUGCAGCCCUGCUCACCCUCCCGGAACGAGUUCAGUACGCGCAAGACCGCUGCGCACGCGCUGAUGGACGUGGCGCUGAUGAUGGCCAACAUUUCGCAGUUGCGCACGUUGUUGGCGGCGGACAAAGAUAACAAACCUUUCUUCUGGCCUCUGUUGGUGCUGAUCGCAUUGUCACUACUUUGCCAGAUAACCUUUGCCUUCCUGGUCAUCAUCCUGUGGUCUCGUCAGAUGAACCCGCCACGACGCAGGUCGUCGAGUGCCAGCAGCUCCUCUAUGUUGUCGUCAAAGAAACUGGCGUGCAUGGAGAGCAAACUAUCGUCUCUCGUCGCUUCCAAAAGGCCAUUACGCCGCUCCAACAGCGACACCUUUGUGCAGCCCUUCACGGUCGUCGUGCCGAUGACGAAUUUCUCGAAAAGCAAAAAAGAUGAUGAUGAUGAUAAUGACGACGACGACGACGAUGGCGACGAUGAUAACUCGUACAAAGUUACGAAUCGGCGCUUACAGUCCGCCACUGUUGUGAUUGUGUUUUGCAUUACCGUUUUCAAUAUGUUUAUUACGGGACUGGGUGUCGAUCCUGGUCACGUGACAAAAACGUAACUGUUUUCUCUCGCUGUGUAAGAAAUAAGCUACCAACGGAGUAUAAGGUGUUCGAGGAUAGCGAGAUAACAGAAUUAAAUUGAUUCCUAGACAAAAUGACAGGUUAUAGAUGGUUAAGUUCCAUUCAUACUCAACUUGCGAUGUCAGCGUUUUAACUACGAUAUUGCUAAAAGGAAACAAAUACAAUAUAAAUAAAUUUUAUGAACAAAUUUUAAGAAUCAAAAAACACUUGAGCUUUUGUUGACUACAGGGCGUCAAUUUCUUCUUGUUAUCUCUGAGUAGGAGGGUUCCUAACCAGUUUCUGGUGAUAAAUCGACAGCAGUGAGGUCGAGUUCCCCAAAAUUAAUGUGCUCUACAAGGAAGCAUGGUCGGUCAGUCUGCCUGUCCUCUCUGUGUCAUCAGUCCCAUAUUUGUUACCCUGUUAAAUCGUCAAAAUACUGCACAAGCGUCCACCUUAAAAGGCAGAUGGUUGAAUUGAUUCACAGGGAAAUAGCCUCCUCAGAAUUAAAGUUUAAAGUGUUUGCUUGAACUGAGAACAGUAAAUCAACAGCCAACAUGGUGAGGGAAAAUUGUGUAUAUGUACCAUAUGGAGCAAUGUUUCAGAGAAUGUGUCCCUGGUACACAAAUACAGUCUCAACCUCUUGUAUUUUUAUCUCAUGGACAUACCCCUCUUGCUACCUUCCCCUCUCAUCCAACAUUAUGAGUUGGAACUGUAUUUCUAUUUCUUAUUUAAGUUGAACAUCCUUGUUACACUAACCAUGCAACUCCGUACAUUCACAAAAACAAAUCUGCACAUUCAAUAGGUUUCUAUUGUGGAAAUAAAUUCAUUUCCAUGAACUGACAUGUGAAGAUAUUAAUAUGCUGGUGCGUAAAUAAAGAAAAGCUUGGCUA